AUGCUAAUGGCGCCUAUGAUGGCGCGAAAGGACAGCGGCUCGUGGUGCCGCCGGAGCACUGGUCGAGGGUGCGGUUGUGGCCGGAGUGCGGCCGGAGACUAUAAUCCGUUCAUUUCCACGCCAUCGACUAUAUUUUCGCGAACUUUGCUGGUUACCUUUCUGCUGAUGACGUUCAACGUGAACGUAUGCCAGGUAGUGCAAGCCGCGGCCAGUGCAAGUGCAAGUGCAACGGCCGGAAUUGAGCGACGACCUGGCGUAGAUCUGGUUCAGCCCGAUGCCCCAAAAGGGCACCAUUACGGAAUUACAUCAGGUGCAUCUUCAGCAGCGAUGCAUCAUGCCACCGGAGGAACAUCUACAUCCUCAGCUUCAUCGGUGUCCGCAGCGGCCCUGGUCGCCGGUAGUCUCUCGUCACCGGCGUCCUCUCUGACAGGCUCGGUGGAAAAACCCUACUUCGACGAUGUCAACUCGCGCAACGUGACGACUGUCGUGGACGAUACGGCGAUCCUGAAAUGUCGCGUGAAGCACAAAGGCGAUAGAACGGUUUCGUGGAUGCGCAAGCGGGAUCUGCAUAUACUGACAUCAAACAUUUACACGUACACUGGCGAUCAGCGCUUCUCAGUGAUCCAUCCGCCCGACUCGGACGACUGGGACCUGAAAAUUGAGUAUGCACAGCAGAAAGAUAGUGGAAUUUAUGAGUGCCAGGUGAACACUGAGCCGAAAAUAAAUCUAGCCGUUAAUCUGGACGUAACAGAUGAACGAGAAUUUGCCCAAGAUUUCUCCAAGUAUGGUCCAAACACUGGAGGGAAGCACUUUAUCGGUGCCAUUGGACUAGAUUUUCUCUCAACAGCCGCUCGUGCUAAGAUAAUCGGCUCCCAGGAGGUGCACGUGAAGAAAGGCAGCACCAUAUCCCUGUCCUGUGUUGUGAAUGUCCAUGCUUCGUCCAUUUCAUGGUAUCAUGGAUCAUCGAUCGUAGACUUUGAUUCCGCCCGCGGAGGCAUCAGUCUUGAGACGGAGAAAACGGAAGGUGGCACCAGCAGCCGGCUCAUGCUUACCAGGGCGACUUUACGCGACUCUGGCAAUUACACCUGCGUCCCUACCGGCGCGAUAUCCGCCAGUGUACAGGUUCACGUUUUGAACGGCGAACAUCCGGCUGCAAUGCAGACGAGCAGUGGCGUACCGUGCCCGACGCAUCAAGCACUUAUCCUUCUAUUUGUAUCAUUGAAUAGUUGUAAUUUUAGUAAUCUUAUCUUCUUCAUAUCAAACCUGCUCGAAACUGUACGUUUCCUGCUCACUGCAACGACCGUCAACUUCCUUGUUCACAUUCCACGACUAGCGUCCGUCGGUGUACGGCACCUCCAGUCGGCUAGCAUCGUUCUUUUUACACUGGCUUCAAUCGGUGUCCGCGUUCGAGGUGCUGCCCCACAACAACAGCUGAACUCGCGUACGUCGAACUCGGAUUCAGGUAUCGUUCAGAUGAGAUGA